GUUCAACUGCCAGAUCUGCCCGACUGUUCACUCGUUCCAAGGCGCAUUCGUUCUAAGCCAAAUUGUACAUUCGCUUGAGAUAUCUUCCACCAUGCGUUCGUGUAUCCUAGUGUCUCAAGUUCUGGCGAGCCAGCUUACUGUAAGCUUCGCCUUGUCGCUGCCCCUGUGGCUUAGACCGCGCGUCGUCUCCCCUGACUUGACGUGUGGGAAUGUGGGGGCAGGGACAGCGGGAUAUACCUGCCCUGACAGUCUUUGCUGCUCCCAGUACGGCUAUUGCGGCAAUACGACCAAUUACUGCUCGGCCGGGUGCCAAAGUUCAUUCGGCUCUUGUGGUGGAUCCGGCGGCGAUGGAGAUGGAGGGUCCGGGGAUGAUGGUGAUGGGGGAUAUUCCCCUGAUCUGACAUGCGGCACAACGGGGGCCGGAGAACACGGUUACAUCUGUCCCACUGGCAUGUGUUGCUCUCAAUACGGCUAUUGUGGCAACUCGACAGAUUAUUGUUCGACCGGGUGUCAAUCCGCAUUCGGAUCAUGUGGAACCAGCAGUGGAGGUAACCAAAGUCAGGAUUCUAGCGAUGGAAGAUGCGGUCCCGACUACGACAAUGAGGUGUGUAGCGCUACCGAGUGCUGCUCGGCUUCUGGUUACUGUGGUACUACCGAAGACCACUGCCGCGCCCCGGACUGUCUCUUUGAUUAUGGCCCGGCUUGUGAUGCGAACAAGACUCCUGCAGGUAGUAGCACGUCGACGCUGGUACGGUCUUCUCUGGGCAAUAUAGCGGUCGGAGGCGCAGGGGUCUACGACUGCGAAAAUGCGGGAGAUGUUGCCUUGACUUUCGACGACGGUCCAGGUCAGUAUACAAGCGAGCUUUUGGAUCUAUUGGCGAGAUACAACGCCAAAGCCACCUUUUUCAUCACCGGCAUCAACAACGGCAAAGGGGAGAUCGACAAUACAAGUCUUGCGUGGCCUUCGAUAAUCCAACGCAUGCAUACCGAAAACCACCAGAUUGCCUCGCACACAUGGUCGCACGCCGACCUGAGCGCAGUCACUUCCGCGCGGCGGCAAGAUGAGAUAAUCAAGAACGAGAUGGCACUGCGCAACAUCCUAGGCUUCAUUCCGACGUACAUGCGUCCUCCAUAUAGCUCGUGUACAUCAGCCAGCGGAUGCGAAAGCGACCUAGCUGCAUUACGGUACCACGUCAUCUACUUUGACCUGGACACAGCUGACUACCUCAACGACUCACCCACCCUUAUCCAAAAUUCCAAGAAUAACUUUGACAAUUAUUUUGUGGGGACAUCACCCGACGACGACGACGCGCUGGUUAUCUCCCACGAUAUCCACGAGCAAACCGUACAUAAUCUGACCGAAUAUAUGCUCCUAGGACUGCAGAGCCGCGGGUAUAGGGCUGUCACAGUUGGUGAGUGCCUUGGCGACCCGGUUGCGAAUUGGUAUAGGCAGGUUGCGUAGACGGUAUGUGCUUGAACAUAUUCCGCCGAUACCAACGUCGAUACCAAUGUGCCGCGGGCUGGUACGAUCACCUGGGUCACAGAUGGGCCUUACCCAGGAAUGCAUUUUGGUAACAU